AACAUCGAGAAAAAAUCCACUGACAACAAUUCUGAAAACAUAGAUGCAAAGGAGACAAGCACAAAACAAAAAAGCAUCAAAUUGACAUUCAACACUAAAAAAACAGCUAAGACGCGAGCGAAUGCAAGGAAGAAGAAGAAUAAACUAGAACUGGAAAUAGCUUCUAACAUGUCUCCAGUAAAAAAAGCAGACCAUGUAGAUGUUGCUGCUAAAACUCUAAAAACACCUGAGCGUGUGUCAAAAUCGCCAUCAAACAUAUCUGUCGACUUAGACACGGCGUUGAUUCGCAGAAAACGUAAAUUGUACUCGCCCAAAGACGAAAGCGAACAUGAGAGGGUAAUACUAGUAACAGAGAUGGACGAGGAUAAAGAUUUCAAAACGUCCAAGGUUCACACACCGAAGUAUAAAGCUACGAGCUACAAAGACAUUGAGAUGGACCGCCAGAAACGAUUGAGACAGCCGCGUAACAGAAAAAGCACAGCCAAAACUAUAGACUCUCCUUCACCGCGCACGAAAAAAAUGAAUGAUAUCUUCAAUAACUUGAAAAGCAAAGUGGAAUGUCCAGAUACUCUUACAGUGAUUGACAAGAACACUCAAAACGAUUUAGCUGUUUACAAUUUCACAAGCGAUAGUGAAGACGAGGAUUUUAAACAGAAGAAAAUCGAAGUCCAAAAACGCAUCAGUUCUACAACUGUUGCCAGCGGUGAUUCGAUUUUGACUCGAUUAGGCCGAUCGAUCAAUCGCGUCAAUUAUUCUGAAACUAAAUCUUCAGAUGAAACAAAUAAAAAGAGUGCCCCAAAAAAGAAAAGAACAGUUAGACGCAAAAAAACUCAGCCAAAAUCACGUUUAGUAAAACCAGUUAAUGAUAUAAUUGAUGAAAAAAUGAGGAAGAAUGCCCCGGAAGAACUAAAUACAUCACUAGUACUAGACAAACCACCUGAAAGAAUUCCUGAAGAACCAAAGCUGAUAUUACCCGUAAAACCACAAAUGGAACCUAUCCCAGAUGAUACUGUCGUUGAGGUUAAGGAGACGAAUGAAAAACCGAAGAAAACAACUAGGAAGAAUAAGAGAACAGAGGCAUUAUCUUUGAAAAAAGAGAAAAACCUUAAACUGAAUACUUUAGUCAUUGAAAAGGACAACGAUGAUAGAACUAUCAGUCCUUUACCAGGUCUAAAUGUAGAAACGAUUCAAGAACCGAAUAAUGAUGCCAAUGAUUCCGUGUCGGCAAAGAUGCUACAGAAAUUUAAGGAAAUAUAUCAAGAUGGCCCUGAAGCGUACAUAAAUGAGACAAACACGACUCAAAAUUUAUUGUCUGAUGUUGAACACAUUAAUUAUAGUCCAACUAUGAAUAUCACUGAUGAGUUUAACAAAGCUGGCAAUUACUCUAAAUUAUCCGAUGUGUCAAACGAAAUUGUCGAAGUUUCAGAAAAGCCGUUGAAGAAAAAGACCAAUGCUAAGAAUGCUGUUAUAGAUUUAUCAGAAAAUUAUGAUGGAAAGGCAGACAGCGCUACUAUACUACGAGUAAAGAAGGAAAAAGCAGUUGAAAAGAAGAAGGCUAAGAAAGAAACACAACAAGUAAUCAACUUGACAAAAAUAUCGGAUGCCAAGUCGGAAGUAUCGAUAGAAACUGUUGGAAAGUCUCCGAUAACAGCUCAUGGAGAUUCCGAUGAACAACCACCUAACGCAGAAUUGCUCACGGAAAAAAUUAAACCACGCGAUUUAGACGUCGAGUAUCAAAACCAGUCUGUUAGAGACUACUUGGAUAAACUCAGGGAAGUGGUGAAUGAGUCGCCGGCGAAUAAAGAAAGGAAAGAUUCGACCGAUUCUGUCAGCACUCGAGUUCUUAACACUGAUAAGCGUUCUAAGUUUAAAUCUCCAGUUGUAUCUGUUUCGCGACUCUCGCUUGAAGAUAUUUCUCGAUGGCUUCCCUCAAGGCGGAAUUCGGAUACAGAUUCUAGCUACUCAAAGGCAACUUCAAAACAAGAUACUAAACAAAAACAAAAGUACAAUAAACAUGUUAUGGAAAAAGAAUCAUCAUCAGAUAAUGAUGAGUCGCCCGUCCAAAAAAUAGAUAAGAUAUCAUUGGAAUUCAAUUCAAGCAACGAUAGUAGACCUAACACUAAAAAGACUAAAUCUACUCAUUCUGAGAACAAGAAAAAGAUUGACGAAGAAGUUCCAUCACACAAUGAAUCUGAAGAAUCUAUCAAGCCUAACGAAAAGCAUAGUAAGAAACAUAAGCAAGAAAAGUAUAUUAAUUUAGAAGAACCCAAAAAGGUAUAUACGAAACGGUUGCGAUCUCGCCGUGAUUGUAACAAAAAUGAUACGACUAGUAAUGAUACCGUGUCUCCCGUACUUGAAGCGAGAAAUGUAACGCCCAAGAAAAUCAAAACUAAGCUCUCUCAAGAGAACCGAAAGUCUUUAAUAUCCCCAAUAAAAUUGUUCAGUGAUUUUAAGGCAAGGAAUGAUACGUCAGUAGCCACAUCCAUUAAGAAACUAGGAAGCAUCAUCAGUAACUUGGAGAAAGAAUUGAAAGACGAUUUGAAGCCAAACUACUUGUACAAAUCUAAAAGGGAAGAAAUGUCUAGUCCAGGGUCUUCAUCGUCAAAAAUCGAGGAUAAAGAAAUCAGUUCUUCUACGGUAAUAGAAGUUGAAAAAACAAGGAAGAGGAAGUCAAAGAGUCCAGUAAUAAGCAACGUGAAAAGAAGGAAAGCAGAAGAUACUGUUGUGUCCAUCUCUGAGAGUGGACCGAGCGUUUCCAGCGUCAAUGAGUGGUUUAGAAGAAAUGCACCCGUAAGCAAAGCGGAGAGUGUGAGCGCAUCUAUUCAAGAAAACAUUGAGAACGUUAUGGAAAAACUCGACACCACUCUUGUUGAAAUACAUCAGAACACCAGUAAAAAGUUCAUUCACAUGUUUGUGGAGGCGCAAAAGCAUCUCAACGAGGUGAAGCAAGAACGGCGCAAGUUAUACAAAACAGUCGCUUCGGACAUCUUGGCGCGGGUAGUCAAGGUUAUGGACGAAAAAUUCACGGAAUUGGACAAGAGAUCGCAAGAUAUGGACGCAGAGUUCAUGGAAAAUCUCAAAGUCCAGGCUGCGGCUCUCAUCCGGGACGACUGUAGGAAGAAACAAGCCAUGGUCAGUCUGCUCAGGGAAGACCUGAACGCUACACUAGCUCGCAUAGACAAGAAGAAAUACAGGAAAACCCUGUGAACUCGUCUUGUAUAGUAUAGUCAGACUCAAAAAGUGAUACCUAAAGUGGCCAAAAAAUUGAUAACACAACCUUAUUCCAAUUGUAACAAAGACGUGUUGCGAACUUUUUGGCUACUUUGGGUGUCACGAACUAUUUGACGCUGACUGUACGUAACUACAAACUUUGAGCUUAAACUAUAGGCUGCACAAGAUAACUGCAAAAGCUGCGAUUCUCUCUCUUGCACAUCUCAGAAUUUCAAGGUGAGUGAGAGAGACAAAGGUAUAUUCACAUUGCCUCGUGCAAUUUGUCUUCUCUCUCUCUCUUAUAAUAAGGUAAUAAAACUUUAGAGAAUGCACAGUCUUCUGCUUAUCUCCAAACCAUAGAUUUUUUCAAUCUAUUUUUUUUUUUCAA